CAUGAACAUUGAACCGUGGCAAAAACCCGUGAUAGUCGACAAUUUUUCCAUCACAUUCGAAGCAUUAAAAGCAAAAGAGGUUUAGAAAUUGGGGUUUUAGGAAUUAGAGGAAAACAAAUUAAAAAGAAAAGAAGGGUAAUGUUAUGGAUGCUAUUUUCACCAUAAUUUCCAUUUAAAAUUGAAGAAUAAGAAGAAGAAAUAGUUAAGAGAGAAAAUUAGCAAUGGUUUCUGUAUCAACAUGGUGUCGUUACAUCGGACACAAGCUUGAAUACUCCAUGGCUGUCAGCUGGAAGCAUUAUAAAGGGGGUCAGAUAUCUGAAGGUCAAGUGGGAGACACAAUAUGGAAAAAUCUACUUCAGGGCAAGUUAACCUUUUUACAUUGGAAUAAAGGAGAGGAGAUGGCUCCCACAAUAGGGUCUCAAGGUGGGACUCUCUUAGUUAGAAAAAUACCAGUUCCAGGUCCAAGUCGUAUCUUCAUUGGAGAUGUAGUGGUCCUGAAAGACCCUGAAAACACAGACAAUUAUCUAGUGAGAAGACUUGCUGCAACUGAAGGUUUUGAAAUGGUCUCGAAGGACGAAAAAGAGGAGCCUUUUAUUCUUGACAAGGAUGAGUGCUGGGUGCUUGCUGACAAUGAAGCUUUGAAGCCAAAGCAGGAAGCAAAGGACAGUCGAACUUUUGGUCCAGUUCUUAUGUCAGACAUUAUUGGUAGAGUUAUUUAUUGUUUGCGCAAUGCUGUUGAUCAUGGUCCUGUGCAGAAUAGUCACUUCAGCAACAAGAAGGAUUCUCCGGUGUUAGAAGUUGAGCUCGAUGUUGAUGAGAUGGCAAAGAAUCACAAAACUUAAUUCGAAUCACCAGUCCAUUCUCUGGAGCUCAUAUGUGGGCAAUGUUAUGCUUUCUUAAGCACUGUGUCAUUGGUUAAUCACCCCCUGACCACGCGCAUUUGCAUAUCCCCGAAAGUUAGAGCCUCACUGAAUUUGUUUGUAUGUGCCCUUUUCGAUCAUUUUUUUUUAUGGUGGAAAAGAUUCAUUUUGUCGAAAUUUUAGUAAAAGAGAGAAAAGAAAACUAAAUAAUAAAGAGAUGAUUCUGUUGAA